AUGAAUAAGGUUAAGGCUUCUAAAACUUUUAAGCCUUUAGAAUUCCGUAAGUCGGUUUCAAAGGAUAAAAUAUCGACACCAAUUGCAAUUUCUAUGAAAGCUGCCCCCUCAAUCCUUCCUCCAAACAAGGUCAUAAAAGCAUUAUUUGAUUAUGAUGCGAAUGGACCUCAAGAAUUAUCAUUUGUUAAAGGUGAUUUCUUUCAUGUUAUCAGUAACGAUAAUGAUCCGGAUUGGUAUGAAGCAUGCAAUCCUGCAACCAAUAUGCAAGGUUUGGUUCCUGUUUCAUAUUUUCAAGUAUUAGAAAAAGGUGUAAGAAUGAGUGGAGAUGUCAAAGCUGAACCUGGUUAUUUCGAUUCACCAUUACAUCAUCAUUUCGGAGGAGGAGGAGGGGGUAAACCUCAACCAUUAUAUGGGAUCGUACUUUAUGAUUUUGCCGCUGAACGUCCUGAUGAAUUAGAUGCAAAAGCGGGAGAACCAAUUAUCAUAAUCGCUCAAUCGAACCAUGAAUGGUUCGUUGCUAAACCUAUUGGAAGGUUAGGUGGUCCCGGUCUUAUUCCUGUUUCUUUUAUUGAAAUAAGGGAUCAUGCAACUGGUAAAGCGAUAGAGAAUGUUCAAGAAUUAAUGGAUAACUCGGUGGUUCCAAAGGUUGAAGAAUGGAAAAAGAUGACUCAAGAUUAUGAAGAAAAUAGUAUCUCCUUGGGUCGUUUAAAUUCAAAAUUGGUGGAUCCCAAACUUGCUCCUGUUAAUAUAGAUCCAAAGUUGGCUCCCAUGUCGUUUGAAUUUGAUUCUCCAAUGUCUUUUGAUUUUGAUAAUCAAUUCUCUAUCAAUGCACUUCUUCCCGAAGUUAAUAAUGAUGACGAUAAUGAGGAUUAUUAUAGGAAUGCAGUUGAUAAUGCAUCCGACACUUUACCUAUGAGUCCUGAAAAUUCUUAUUCAAAUGAAGAGGAGGAUGAUGAAGAGAAUUUUAUUGAUAUGAUAUCAGCUUCAGUUGAUACGCACUAUUUUAAGGAUGAUAGAUAUUGGUUUGUGAUUAGGGUCAAAACGAUUACAGGAAGGUUUAGGUACUUAUACAGAGUAUAUGAAGAUUUUUAUGAAUUUCAAAUAGAACUUUUAAAUAGGUUUCCAGAAGAAGCAGGACGCACAGGAAAGCAACGCAUUUUACCAUUUAUGCCAGGGCCACUUUCAUUCGUUAAUGAAAGCAUUACAUCUCAAAGAAGAAUUGAUUUAGAUGCCUACGUUAAAGAGUUAUUAUGUUUACCAAGAUAUAUAUUAUUGAAUCCAUUAAUUAAUAAUUUGUUUGGAUUAAAAAAUGAUGAUGUGGAAACUGAUAAUCCAAAUGAUCCGGGAGAGAUCGUUACAAAUGAAAGAAUUUCUCUAUCAAGUCUAGACACUUCUCCAAUUGAUCCGACCCCUCCAAUGUCAUAUUCGAAUGCUUUUCAUCAACCCAAAAAGCAACCUUCUUCAAAUGGAAGUAUGAAACAUCAUAGGGUUUCUUCACUUACCGCCGGAGCUCCAUUAACCCAUACAAAUACACAAGGAUCUUCACAUAGAUUAGAAGGGUUAAAAAUUAAGAUAGAGCAUCGUGGGGAUUUAUAUGCCAUCCUUCUUAGUAAGGAUGAUAUGAAUUUUUCAAAAUUUCAAAAGAAACUACAAGAUCGUUUCGGUGAACUUGAUAAUUUGAAAUAUAAAGAUAAUGGUGAAUUUAUAAGGUUAAAUGAUGAAGCUACUUUUAAUAAAGCAUUAAAAUUUGGUACAAAAUUGUUACUUUCUUUAGAUCAAUGA